AUGUUGGCUUUGCAGGGAAUCAAGGGCCCUUCUUACAGACUUAUCCACGGAAGCAACAAAGAAAUCAUGAGCAUGAAAAAGGAAACAAUGGGAAGGCCCCUGAAUUUAUCACAUGAUAUAUUACCUAAAGUUCAACCUCAUAUUCUUUCAUGGACCAAGAUAUAUGGGAAGAAUUUUCUGCAGUGGUAUGGUUCUCAAGCUCAAUUAGUUAUUGGGGAACCUGAGUUGUGCAAAGAGAUACUGAAUAACAAACACAGAGCUUAUCCAAAAAGGGAGCCUCAAGCCUAUGUAAAGAAACUAUUAGGAGAUGGCCUUGCAUCAACAUAA